AUGCGAAUAAACCUGCUGCUCACAUUAGCGCUCUCUUCCCUGGCAUGCGCCCGUCUAGAGCAACCGACCGGUUUCUCGCAGCAUCCUUCACGCACCACCGUGCUUCCAGACCCAUCUCCCGCGGUCGGCGACCAUGCAGUCCUUUCGGAUCAAUUUCCCCCUGCGGAUAGGGUUCUGAAGCGAGCGGAUGAUGAUGCGGCCAAAGCCGCGGCCACCGACGACGCGAAGAACGACGAUCCCAAGAAUAAUGAUCCCAAGAAUAACGACCCCAAGAAUAACGCUCCCAAGAACGACGAUGCGAAGAACGAUGGUGCGAAGGAGGACGACUCCAAGAGUGAUGAUGCGGCCAAGACUACCGAUCCCGCGCCCGCAAAGCCUGCAGAGCCUACCACCGACAAGCCAAAGCCAGAGACCACGUCCGACAAAAAAACGGCCGAUGCCCCAGCGACGACGAAAGCUGAGCCCACGACGAAAGAGUCCACGACUUCAUCCACCAGCAGCACAACCACUACACAGCCCACGACCACUGCAGAGCCGACAACGACCUCAUCCACGGAGAGCACCACGUCCACCACGUCAGCUACCUCGCAGACCAGCAGUACAACAGGCAGUGAGACGAGCACCUCCUCCAGCACAACUUCCUCGUCCACGACCAAGACGUCAUCUGCGGCAGCGUCCACCAGCUCGAGUAACUUCAAUGUGAAGGAGUGGAAUCACAACGGGAUGGUGGCGGCAAUUGCGGUCUCCAGCAUAGUCGGCGCCAUCUUCAUCGGCACGAUUGUCUGGCUGUGCACGCGGAAUAAAUUGAAGGGGACCUUUGCGAGCAAGCCAGCGCCGCUCGAAGUACUCCCGGUGGGUGCACCGGCUGGCGCAUCAACGUAUUCGAUGGUGCCGUUGGCGGAGGGAAAUAACCGACCGACCAGCGAGGCCAAAUUCGAUCGCGGCUCGAUGAUGUUCGCCAGUUCGUCGCGCACGGAUCUGGAAUCUGUGGCACACUCCAGUGCUGGCCGACCGUCGACUCGAAUGGUGUAA